CAGACUCAAUGCGAAGAAAUCCUUAAAUAUUUCUGGAGGUAGUAGCACUACUGUUAGAACCGGUAGGUCCGAUAGUCAAAAUUGUCGACUCCCAAGUCAAAUGAAACUCUUGGAAUUAGUCACUCCUGUUCAAAAGAUACUAGAUGAUCAAAUACAUAUUUAUUUUGAAGAAUGGAUGAAAAUGGCGACCGAUAACAAAAUUAAUGUUAAAAUAGUUGGAAUCUUGCAUUAA